AUGGCCGAGUUCGAGAUUAUUGGUGAGGGUAUGGGAGAUGGCGCAGAAGAGGGUGAGGAGAUCGACGAAGCCACUCGAGCAUUCUUAGACGAGGAGCAGGCCCAAAUUGCACAACUGGGAGGUGGCGAAGAUGAGUUCAACUCGGCUAUUAUGGCGGUAACUACACAUAACAGUCCAUUCGAUUCAGAUGAAAGGGUUAAUUUAUCAAGUUAG